AUGAAGUUUAAUUUGUUAUUAUUUAUAAAUUUUUUGGAUAUUUUUCUUUUAAUUCAUGCCACUGAAUCAUUAUAUUUUGGUAUUAUUAAUCAUAAAGCACAAUGGCAUUUUCAUUGUCCACACAUUCAUUCAAAAAUUACAGAUCCUCCAAUAAAUGAUCAACCUUUGAUAUCAUAUGAGUGUCCACAUCGAUCACCAACAAUGGAAAUUGUACCAUUGGAAGUUGAUUUUACUUUUUUAUGUCGUUUACAAUCUCGUUUAAUAUGGAUCAUUAUUGACCUAUAUCAAUAUAAUACAUUUUUCUGGUUGAUCGAUCGGAACAAUAUUGAAGUAAAAAUUAUGUUAAAUCAUGAAAUUCAAAUAAAUAAUUCGACAAAUGAAGCGAAAAAUUAUACAAAUCGUUUGAUCCUAAUCGAUGCAUUUUAUAUACCAUUUGAAUCCAUUGAUUCAAUAUUAAAUGAACAAAUAGAAAUAAAUAUUGUAUUAAAGAAUUUAAAUCAAUCAAAUCAAUGUCAAUUUUCUAUCAAAGAUCAAUAUUCAUGGAAAACACUUAUCGGUAAUUAUUGUGAUUCAACUCAGUCAAAAACUAUUUUUACGCAAUCUGCGAAAUGUGAUUUUUAUUCAACUAAGUGA